AUGAGAAAGCGCGCGAAUUUUGAUAGACCUAUGAAGUUGUCCAAAACAUCAUGUGCUGAUUUACACUGGUGGAUUAAUUCAGCUGACAGUUUAUUUAAACCUAUUGCCCUCAACCAACCAGAUGCUACUUUAUUCACUGAUGCAUCCAGUCAAGGUUGGGGUGGGGUUUUAGGUCAACAAAAAAGUGGGGGUCAUUGGACUGCACUUGAAGCCAGUCACCACAUAAAUUAUUUGGAAACGCUUGCCGUUUUCUUUGCCCUUAAAGUAUUCCAAACAAAACUGUCGGGAAAACAUGUAGAUAACAUGACUGCUGUAGCAGACAUAGGUAAACUGGGUACUAGUCAUUCUCGCAAACGCAACACUUUAGUUCGCGAGAUUUGGGAUUGGUGUAUUCAGCAUGAUAUAUUUCUAACUACAGCACACUAGUAUACCAGGCCUUGAGAAUGAGGCAGCAGAUGCAGAAUCUAGAAAGCCCUUGAAAGAAACUGAAUGGGCUUUAGAUCGAGAAAUCUAUCAACAGGGUAUCCAACUGUUGAAUAUGACUCCCGUUAUUGACCUAUUUGCUUCUCGACUUAAUUAUAAAGUUAAACCUUUUAUUGCAUACCAACCAGACCCUGAAGCUCAAGCUGUUAAUGCAUUUACAAUUUGCUGGAAACCAUAUUUAUUUUAUGCCUUUCCUCCAUUUAGCAUAAUCCCUUUAGUACUACAGAAAAUUCGAGAAGAGGAGAGCACAGGGUUGGUUGUUGUUCCAAAAUGGCCUGCACAGCCUUGGUGGCCAUACCUAAUGCGGAUGGUAAUUCAGGUUCCAGUAAUUCUCCCCAACAAGGAGAACACUAUAUACAUGCCCAGCAAACCAGACCUGAUCCAUCCUCUAUACCCCAAGUUAACGUUACUGAUGUGCCACAUUUCCGGGGAUCCUUUGAAAAUAAAGGACUUUCAGAGGGGGCUUUGUCUAUCAUCUUGUCCUCGUGGAGGAAAAGCACACAAAGACAGUAUAUACCAUACCUCAACAAAUGGCGUCGGUACUGUCGUUCAAGGGAACUGGAUUCCUUUUCAGCAACUGGAAGAAGGAGUGAACUUUUUAGCUGUGCUCUACGAUGAAGGAAUUGGUUAUAGUGUGUUAAAUACGGCCCGAAGUGCCUUAUCAACUGUCGUCACACUCCCAAACAAUCAGACAUUUGGAACCCAGCCACUAGUAGUAACUCGUUUUAUGAAAGGCGUUUUUGAGACAAGACCUUCAUUACCCCGUUAUUCUGAAACUUGGGAUGUUAAUGUUGUGUUGGAUUAUUUAGCUGGUAAUGUUAGCUCUAUUAACCGGCCAACGUCGCCAAACUUUACAUGCAUUGAAUAUUACUACCAUGGAUUUAAAUCGGGAAAAGUGUAUCUUUAUUAUUACGUCGUUACUCAAAACUUCUCGUCCUGGUAAACACUUAACGUCGAUUGAAGUUCAGUCAUACAAGCUUGACAGGAAACUAUGCCCGGUUGCACACAUAGAAGAGUAUGUCAAACGAACGACUGAUUUGCGAGGCAAUCAGCAUAGACUUUUUAUCAGUCACCAAAAACCCCAUAAAGAAGUUUCAGGAGAUACUGUUAGUCGUUGGCUCAAAAACACCUUGGACCUAGCAGGUAUAAAUACUGCAAAAUUCGGAGCUCACAGUACUCGGGCAGCCACAACAUCGGCAGCAAAGGCUAUGAACAUGCCUAUUGACAUUAUCAUGCAGAGUGCAGGAUGGACACAAUAAUCGACCUUUGGGAAAUACUACCACAUUGUAGCACGAGGAAUUUUGGUAACAUUUUGUUAAGUAAUAAAGGCAAAUAAACAAUUGCCUAAGUGUAUCAUGGGCAUAGGUUAAUGUUUGUUUAAUGCAUCAACGAAAACUGGUGUCCUAUGUUUCACUUAUUGUGUGACUCGUCGGUUAGCGAAGAAAUUAUAUAGUCCUUGACUUUUAUGCCGUUAAUGGCUACAGGUGCUCAAAGUUCAAUAGAGAUAACGAUUUUCAAAAAAUGCCAUUUCUUCCAUUUGACAAACUGAUCCCAACCCAAAAACCUGACCUUUUAUAUAUAUUUAUAUAUAUUUUAUAUAUUUUAUAUUAAUAUAUGAUAUAUAAAUAUUUAUAUAUAUUUAUUUAUAUAUAUAUUAUAUAUUAGUAUUUAAUGCAUCGCGAAACCACUACGUCGUUUCACCGUAUAGAAUCAUCUGUGUCAACAGCUGUUGAUCAUCCGUAUAUGGACCACCUGAUAUAUUCCAUACAUGCAGACAUAUGGCUUUAAAAUGUAAAUAUUACGCUUAAUAAUUCACUGUUUGUUUUCGUAAACCAAAAUCUUAAAGUAAGAAAAAGUCCAAUGAAGAAUAUUGUUGUUUAGUUACUAAGUAUAAUCCGCGUGGACCAGACAUACGAAAAAUCAUAAAUAAACAUCACAAGUCCAUUAUCUGUGGUGAUGAGAAGGCCAGAGAUAUUCUACCCGAGAAGGUUAUUCGUGUGUCUUUUAAGCGCAACGCCAAUCUAAAGGAGUUAUUGGCUCCCUCCAACCCAUAUGGCAAGGAAAAUACUGAAGUAGAACAAUUCGGUUGUUUUAAUUGUACAGCAAAGCGUUGUGACUGCUGUAAGAAUUUUUUGUUAGAAGGGCACACUUUUCGUUCCGUUAUUACCAAGAAAGUUUUUAAAAUCUGUGAAUCGCUUACAUGUACGUCCAAGGCAGUGGUAUAUCUUGCCCAAUGUUUGGCUUGUGGUUUGCAGGGUGUUGGUUCUCCUGUUAAUUUUAAGGCCCGCCUUGCAAACUACAAGUCACACAUUAAGCGUGGGCACAGAACUUGUAGUAUUGUUAAUCACUUCCUGGAUUGCCACGGGGCUGAUCAUUCAUAUUUGAAAUUUAUGCUGAUUGAUCAGCGUUGUGGUAAUCUGUUGGAAUGUGAAAACUUCUGGAUUGGGACCCUUUUGACUAAUCGGGGAGGGUUAAAUGAUAGUCACGAUUUUGUGCAACAGUGACUUCUUUGUCUAUCACUAAGCUUAAUUAGUUAUCAUUAUUGUAAUAUUUGCAUAUUAUUGGAGUAUAUAUAUACGUUAGAAAUUAUUAGUAAUAUUAUUUCUGAGGAAGGCUGAGACAUUCAGUCGAAAAUUAAAACUUUAUUACUUUAGUACAUUUUUAGUAUUUGUUUCUCUCGGAUCGUAGCCAGCUAUUCUGUUGCAUAUAAAUGUCGAACUGGCUGAUACGAAUAUUGUAUUUUGUCAUAUAUAUAUAUAUAUAUAUAUAUAUAUAUAUAUAUAUAUAUAUAUAUAUAUAUAUAUAUAUAUAUAUAUAUAUAUAUAUAUAUAUAUAUAUAUAUAUAUAUAUACUUAUAUAUAUAUAUAUAUAUAUAUAUAUAUAUAUAUAUAUAUAUAUACGCGACGAUAUUUGGCUUGCCGCACAAAUUCCCACCCAAGUUGCCUUGCUAUGUCUUCCCGGUUGUCAAAAAUGACCCUUAUUCGUGCGAGGAUAACUACAAGGUGGGUUAAAAUGGUUUUCAUAAGAUUCGCCAGACAAUACAAACAUACCUUUGUAACAUAAUGACAAGUAUAAGGAAUAAAAUCACAUUGUUUUUAUCAUAUACUCAGUCUCGAGUAAUGUAAUGACUCAUAUCUGAGUAUAUGAUUUUAUCAUAUACUCUGCAGUCUCGGGCCUGUAUGGCUAUGUUUACACUGUACCAGAUAAUUUUCUUAGCGACAUGAAAAACAUCUAUCCGUGCCUUUUAAGAAAUUUUUCAAGCCUGCCCGGUGUGGAUAUACACUCAGAGUAACAUCACACAAACAUCUUAUUCACCUGAGUACAUUACACCAACACAGCAGAUUUCAUUUUAAGCUUUCACUGUUUAUAUACUAUCCGCAAAAUAUUAAUAGAACAUUACAUAAACGCUAUUUUUAGAUAUUACGUAUAAGAUAAAUAUAGCAAAAACAUGAGUUAGCAUAAUUACGCAAUGUCUUAAAUUGAGAAUGUCAUGACGUGACUGGCUUCACGUCACACUCCCCCUCUUGAAAAAAAAAAGUUUUUAGAACUUUCGUUAACUGUUCGUAACCUCCAUAUAUCCAUAUCAAAUAAUUGUUCUUUAAAUGUUAUAAUUAUAUACUUUAAAAUACUCUAUAAAGAAUGAAAAUUGAGAAAACUCAAUACAGCAAGAAUAGCGUCCUUAAACUCUAGCAACAGUAUAACAGAAUAGGGAAGAUUCAACAACAGAAGAACGACAUCUUCUAAAUAAAUUACAAACUCCCUUUUUAAUCUUAAAUUUAAACAAAUUUUAUACUUCAAUAAUAAUUAUUACUUUAACUUACGGGAGAUUUAUCAAACUAUUACAACUUUGUAACAAAACAGGGCAACAAACCACUGUAACAAACCAGUAACAAACCACUAACAUGUGGUCAAUAAUCACAAAUCUUUCCCCCACUGUUAGGCAUCACUGAGUAGACGUUAGGCACGAUCUUAGCAGAAACCUUUUCAUGAAGACGUAGUGAACCUCCAGCGUAGCACUCUUGUACUUCAGCCUCUGGCUAAGUCGACAAUUUUGAUCGUGAACUGCAUGACGUCAAAACUGGAAACAGGUCCAUCAAUAAUAUAACACCAAAAGGACAAUCAUCAGACUGACAACAAAACAACCGCUCUCAUCCAAGAGAGUGGUUUCCCGCCUGAGCCCCAAUUGUUACGUUCGCGGGCGAGAACGAACAAAAAAGUGUGUCUGUAUCUUCAUCUUCUUUACGCUCUCUGCCCUCCUUGACCAGACACAGCGACACGCGCUGGCCAAGGAGGCUUUCUCGUAUUUGGAAUAUCCUUCUUCUGAGUCUUAUGAACUUUGCAACGACAAUAAGCCCAAUAAUAUCAAUUUAUUCUUCUUUAACAACAACAACAACAACAACAACAACAAAUUACUAUUUCCAAUCCCUUCUAAUAAUCUUCUAUCUAUCUCUUAACUUAAGCUUUCACUGUUUAUAUACUAUCCGCAAGAUAUUAAUAGAACAUUACAUAAACGCUAUUUUUAGAUAUUACGUAUAAGAUAAAUAUAGCAAAAACAUGAGUUAGCAUAAUUACGCAAUGUCUUAAAUUGAGAAUGUCAUGACGUGACUGGCUUCACGUCACAUCGUAAUUACUUGCAAUUACGCACGCGCGGGCGUCAAAGAGGCAAAUGUCCGCCUUGAUAGUAAUAUUUUUUGGCAUGGCAACUAUCAUAACCACAAUAUACCAAGACGCCGGCUCAGACGUACCCUCCGGCUACGGGCAACUCAACCUGACAAGCCAGGCCCACUGUAACUAUGAUCAUCAACCUGCCUCGUACCCAGGCGCUUUAAAUAAUUACAAUACAUGAAGUAUUCAGGUAGGCAGGCGACGCGCGAAGGGGCUGUUGGGAAGGGUGCGUGCUGGGCAUCUCUCCCAACUACAAUACUUCAUGUAAACUCGUCAUAUGCGCAUCACUGUUUUUUACAAAGAGACGCCUGGGUACGAGGCAGAUCAUCAACUAUCAACCGUAGAUAAUGACGGGUCAAUAAUAGCGAAGAAAUUAUAUAGUCCUUGAUUUUUAAUGCCGUUAUAUGGCUAGUUUCAGGUGCUAAAAAGUUCAUAGACAUAGACGAUUCUUCUAAAAAAUACGCCAAUUUACUUCCAUUUAUAAGACAAACUGAUCCCAACCCAAAGCCCUUCUCUAACCUGUAAAUAGGUAUUAGGUCAUGCGAAAUAAAGCUUUAUAUAUAUAUUUAUAUAUAUAUAUAUAUAUAUAUAUAUAUAUAUAUAUAUAUAUAUAUAUAUAUAUAUAUAUAUAUAUAUAUAUAUAUAUAUAUAUAUAUAUAUAUAUAUAUAUAUAUAUAUAUAGUUUUUCGUUUUACCUCAAAAAACCACAACAGUCUGUUUCAUCCGUAUAGGAAUCAUCAGGUGGUCAACAGUCUGUUGUCAUCCGUAUAGGGACCACCUGAUGAUUCCUAUACGGAUGAAACAGACUGUUGUGGUUUUUUGAGGUAAAACGAAAAACUAUAUUACGCUCUAUCUAUAUGGUAUUGAGCACUGUUUGUGUUUCGUAAACCAAAAUCUUAAAGUAAGAAAAAGUCCAAUGAAGAAUAUUGUUGUUUAGUUACUAAGUAUAAUCCGCGUGGACCAGACAUACGAAAAAUCAUAAAUAAACAUCACAAGUCCAUUAUCUGUGGUGAUGAGAAGGCCAGAGAUAUUCUACCCGAGAAGGUUAUUCGUGUGUCUUUUAAGCGCAACGCCAAUUUAAAGGAGUUAUUGGCUCCCUCCAACCCAUAUGGCAAGGAAAAUACUGAAGUAGAACAAUUCGGUUGUUUUAAUUGUACAGCAAAGCGUUGUGACUGCUGUAAGAAUUUUUGUUAGAAGGGCACACUUUUCGUUCCGUUAUUACCAAGAAAGUUUUUAAAAUCUGUAAAUCGCUUACAUGUACGUCCAAGGCAGUGGUAUAUCUUGCCGAAUGUUUGGCUUGUGGUUUGCAGGGUGUUGGUUCUACUGUUAAUUUUAAGGCCCGCCUUGCAAACUACAAGUCACACAUUAAGUGGGCACAGAACUUGUAGUAUUGUUAAUCACUUCCUGGAUUGCCACGGGGCUGAUCAUUCAUAUUUGAAAUUUAUGCUGAUUGAUCAGCGUUGUGGUAAUCUGUUGGAAUGUGAAAACUUCUGGAUUGGGACCCUUUUGACUAAUCGGGGAGGGUUAAAUGAUAGUCACGAUUUUGUGCAACAGUGACUUCUUUGUCUAUCACUAAGCUUAAUUAGUUAUCAUUAUUGUAAUAUUUGCAUAUUAUUGGAGUAUAUAUAUACGUUAGAAAUUAUUAGUAAUAUUAUUUCUGAGGAAGGCUGAGACAUUCAGUCGAAAAUUAAAACUUUAUUACUUUAGUACAUUUUUAGUAUUUGUUUCUCUCGGAUCGUAGCCAGCUAUUCUGUUGCAUAUAAAUGUCGAACUGGCUGAUACGAAUAUUGUAUUUUGUCAUAUAUAUAUAUAUAUAUAUAUAUAUAUAUAUAUAUAUAUAUAUAUAUAUAUAUAUAUAUAUAUAUAUAUAUAUAUAUAUAUAUAUAUAUAUAUAUAUAUAUAUAUAUAUAUAUAACAAGUAUAUAUAUAUAUAUAUAUAUAUAUAUAUAUAUAUAUAUAUAUAUAUAUAUAUAUAUAUAUAUAUAUAUAUAUAUAUAUAUAUAUAUAUAUAUAUAUAUAUAUAUAUAUAUAUAUAUAUAUAUAUAUACAAACUGUAUAUCGUCAUUGAGAAUUUAUUUUGUGGUUUUAAUUUGUACGUGAAUUGUUGGGCGAAACAAGGGAGGCAAUCCCCAACAGUGCAGGCUUCGCGUUCGGUUAAUAAGAAGUUAUUAAACUUUAGUAUAUAAAAAUUAACGUUGCCUUUUAUUUAAUUGUGGGAUCCAUAUCGUCUUUAUUCCGAAGUUUUAUAAUUUUCAAGCAUCUUUACAAAGAUUGAAAAAUCACUAUCCGGUGGAUAGCGCCUCGGUAGGAUUUUAUUUCAGAAAUUUAUCUGCUACCGCUGGAUUUACCAAUACCGAUACUAACAACAGGUCAUGCGCAUGCGCUCUGCUCGCAAGAAGCACGAGGACAAGUGUAUUGGAAGUCACCACUACCGAAGUCGGCCUUGUAUUGGAAGUCGUGGGAAUUGUAAGAUAAACUCAUAUAAAUCGGAUAUUUCAUAAUUUUUUCGAUAAAUACGUAAACUAUUUGCUUAUUAGCAUCGCCUGAGUCAUGUUUUAGUCGGAAUUUUUGCUCAGCUGCCGUUUAGUAUACCACAAAUAUUCGGUGACAAUUAAUGUGUUCUAUACUUUAUCUGUCGUGAUAACUUAACGCUUUAAAAUUCCCGGUAUACCAAAAUGAGAACGAAAGUGAAGACAUUGGUAUCGAUAUUGGAAGUCGAACUUAAUGACUAGCUGACCACGGUUAAAGUUUGUAAUUACGCCUUUCGUCCAACCGGCCGCAGAUCUUUAUAGAUUAAUGGACGACUUACGCUUUAGACUAAAUUUUAAUCUAAGUACGAACAACGAAAUCUUUCACCACAGCUAGAGAGAGCGUCUUGGAAUUAGUAAUAUUACAAAGUUUGGUUGCGAAAUGUUGUAAAAUACGGAAAAUAUAGCCCUUCAAAGUUGGCAAAUUUGUAUACUUUUGUAUUACGUGCGUGAAUUGGUAACUAAAUUAGUCACCAAUUUCCGCACGUAAUAGAAAUGUAUACAAAUUUGCCAACUUCGCAGGGCUAUAUUUUCCGUAUUUUACAACAUUUCGCAACCAAACUUUGCAGUUUUUCUAAUUUUGAUAACUUCUUUCCAAAAAUAUCCUUUGUUAUUCCCAGAUUAAAAAUUUUUCUAAAGCGCAAGUCGUCCAUUCGUUUUACAUAAUCAUCGUAUAUACAUGCAGUAUUUCAGUUGUUGAUAAUUCGCUAAUCUUGUUUUCGCGCUUAGUUGUCUAUUUUACCGUAAUUAGUUUUAAUGUUUCAGUACCGUCUGUCUCGUCCCCGGUCCAGUCGUUUUAUGUGAAUUCAGGGGCGGGGGAGGUGCGUGCCUUCCCAUCAUGCAUCACAACCGAUCUUUUUACCAACUACUGAUCAAUAUAUAUGGCAUUGAUUAGCAGUGUCCUAUUAAUUGGGCGUAAGAUUUAAGUGUUAAGGCAUUCCGUCUUUGUGAAAGCUGUAAUACUCAUGUAAAAGUCAGAAAAUGAUGUUUUAUUUUAUAGCACUUUCCCUUAGUUGUUUCAUCCACACUGAAAGUGAAUGAAUUCUUCGAAAUACCUCCAGUACCAAUAGAAAUAACUAAGGAAAGUGGAGACAGUGUUACCAUUCAACCACCAAGUUCGUGGAUUGGUUUGGCACCAGUCAAUGUUCAUCUGUUAUCAUAUCUACUAAGAGCGGGGCAGGUGAGCAGGUUUUUAUAAAUGUUUUCCUUUUUGAUAUAGGCAGGCUUUUAGCCAGGGUUCUAAAAGAGGGCAUCCAAUUUUGGUAUAACGAUACAUCUACAGUAAAGAGGGGGUUCGAGAAAACGUUCCUCUGGAAAACCUUUGAAGUUUACGUUACUUCAUGUCAGUAUCUGUUCCAAGCUUGUUCGAAAUUUUUCAAACACACUUGGCUUUGUGAGUUUGUGCCGCUAUGCUUCUUUACUUAAUUGUGACAUUUUCAUUCAGCCAGGUACACUAUCAAAUUGAUCAAAAUGUCAAAUGUAUAAUAAUAAUAAUUGAAGCUAUUUCGUUUCAGAUAUAUUAAUAUACUUCUAGGGAAAUAAUUGAAAAUAAUUUCCCUUUUUCCCUAGAAUUUGGGCGUCCAAAGACGUCCAUUUUUCGUUCUAGGGGCGUCCCAGGACGCCCUUCUGGCUAAAAGCCUGGAUAUAGGGCAUGCAGCUUCCAGAUCAAAACAAUCCUUGCAUUCAAAUUUUAGCUGCUCAGUUUCGGGAGUGAACGUGGAAUAGUUGGGACUCCAUAAAUUUAUCUUCAUUGCUCAUUUUGAAUAUUUCUAAAUUCGUGGAGAUAUUCAUUCAUUUUUUUUUCAUUUGGUAUUCAUUUUUCUAUAUACCAUAUUUUUGACGCCGUAGAUCGAGGUCUGAUACUGGAUCCAAGUGUGAUAGGGAUGGGUACAUACAAGAUCGACCCCGACCUUAAGCCUGACCAGCCCUCAUCCUUCCUGGCUAAUCAGGCUACGUUUUUGCAGAAAGUGAAUUUUUACACGUAUUUGGUACAGCCAGGAUUGACAAUUUAAUUAUGUGGGAGCGCAAGAGCUUUAUAGAGAGCUUUAUAUAGCGCAAGAUACGCAACACUGUCUGAUGACAAUUUUUAACCCCAAUUGUUCAUCGCAUCACGAAUCUAAAACAAUACACUCUGAAAACACGGGGGAGGGGGGGGGGGGGCGGCCCUCCUUGGCUGCGCCACUGUUUACACGGGGAAUCGUCGUUGCCAAGUUGGAUUAUUAAACAGGGUGGACCCCUCAACUAUUUGACUAGCGAGGAUUUUCUUCAAGUCUAUUGAAAUUUACUUGGUAUAAUUUUAGCAUGUUUGACGAACAAGGAAAAUAGUUGUGUCAGACCAAUAGUUUGCACAUUAUUAGCAUUCGGUGUCGGCCUGUAUCCACUUAAACAGCAAACAUGGAACAUUAAAGAAUAAAGUGAUGAACACCAAACAGUAAACAACCAACAUUUGGAAUUAGCAUGUAAACGCCAGAUAAACAGAAUGGAAAGAAAAUACAAAUGGUAUGCAAACAGCAAGUGUCACUUGACCAUAUAUUUAUUAAUUUCCAGACUCGUGAUAAAGAUGGUAAUGUACGGCAUAAUUCUCACGCUAAACCUAAAGCAGAUGGUCUCGUUAUUCAUAUACAUGGUGGAGGAUUUGUUGCGCAAUCAUCAAAAUCCCAUGAAGUAGGUAUAUUACGGUAACUCGACUGUGGUUGCUAGAGAUUACAAUUAAGUCAAAACGGCAAUAAAAAGAGUACACUUUUGAUAUAAAAAAAUGGACGUAUGAACUAAAACAAGUGUGUCAUAUAUUAUUGGCACUGCUGAAGAUCCGGGCUUACGGUUACGGAUCGAAAGCUUUACAAUUAAUGCAUGUAUAGUGUUUCCACAAACCAAAACUCAUAUUAUGGCUAUAAAUAUUGUUUCACGUGACUAUCUUUAGAGCUUAAAUAAUUACUAUAUAAAAGCAGCGGUGUUUGUUUUCUAUUUUCCUAUUAACUCUCCUAUAUUUUGCUGUUUUAAACUGAAUGGCUGACAUGCUAAAGACCCAAUGGUCUGUCUAUAUAUUUGUACCGCGGCCGACGCUUACCUCUUCGGUGAAAGAUGUUUGCGUCAAUAUUACAAUUAAUCGUGUUUCCCCUGAAGUUACAAUCCUUGAACACUGUAGACUAUACUGUAUUUCUAUUUCAGAUCUACCUGAGAAGUUGGGCAAAAUCACUCAAUGUCCCAAUACUGUCAAUCAACUAUGCCCUCGCUCCUGAACUGCCCUUUCCUCGGGCUAUGGAGGAAUGCCUGUUUGCAUACAUCUGGGCCCUCCAGAACUUCGACAGACUGGGCACCACGGGGAAACAUAUCGCAUUAGUUGGGGAUUCCGCUGGUACGUCAGUGUAUAAUAAUUUAUGACUAUUGAUAUACUGUAUAUGAGGUUUAUGCAUGAGCCCACGGCAGACUAUAUAGAAUCGAAACAUGAGAUAAUCUAAAACGUUGGGGGGCCCGCGUUGACCGUAUAAAGCUUUCAAUUUGUUAUAUUUCACGAAAACCAAAAUUGGAAACAGAACAAACUACUUCUCGACGUUUCGAGCAAAGGCCUUUCGUCACGCAGGAGACUUAUAGGCGAAGGACCUUUGCUCGAAACGUUGCAUGAUAUAUAUGAAAUAGAACCAAAAUGCUUUAUAUUUCUUUGAGAGAUCCCAACAGUGAGUUUCAGUGUACCAUAUAGUGUACACAGUAUUUAACAAUAAGCUGCGGUGGUUUGUUUCGCCACUAACCUUAAUCUGACGAAAGGCCUUCGCUUAAAACGUCUUUAUAGUGUUGUUAAUCUUGUUUCCAGUUAGUUUAGCCAUUCACCACGGUACUAGCUGGUACUAACUGGCUGUAAAUUACUUGUGAGUCAGAGAAGCAUUGGAGGUUAAGAAUAUACAAUUACUAUAUGGUUUCCGUGUUUGGAUGGCCUGAUCCAAACACUUGGGAAUGUUGCUCGAGUUAAGAAAAGCGCGGGAAACACGAGCCGAAGGCGAGUGAUUUUCCGCGCUUUUCUUAACUCGAGCAACAUUCCCAAGCGUUUGGUUCAGGCCAUCCAAACACGGAAACCAUAAAGUAAUUGUUUUAUAAAAUAACAACGACGAUAGUCUUGCAAGUUUUAUUUAAAAAAGCGCAAGUAUAAAAGCUAAAUUCUCCCAAGUUGCAAUGCUAAAUUCUCCCAAGUUCGCGAGAAAGCGAACGAAGCUAUAUAAUUUUGUAAACAAUCAGGUCAAUCAACCGUGAAACACUACAACGUAGAUUUACAACGAAGUUUUUGUCUUUAAAAGUUAACAAAAUUACAAAUGUUGAUUACAUGUUUAAAAUUCCCGCGAAUUAAGGCACUUUAAAUUUCCGUGUUUGGAUGGCCUGAUCCAAACACAGGUUUCGACCAAUCAGAGCACGCGUUAUAUACAUGUUAUUUUAUAACUGACUGCCACUACUGCUUCCACUGCCAUGUGUGUUUAAUGUACCCGAUUAACGAAUCAGAUACGUACUGAACCAGUGAGAGGUAUAGUCGUAGUGGAAAUCAAAUCUGAACCUCUUGAUUGUUUUACGAGACAACAGUUGCACUGUCUUGCAGAACAGAAAUGUUUCUGAAUUUGUUGGGAACAUUUACUUUUCCCAAUAUAAGCAAAUUUUGUUGCAACAACAUUUCUGAGGGCGAUCCGUUUAGUACGAAAACAGGGAUUCCUUUAUAACAAAGUAUGUUCUUUCCAUAAUAUAGGCGGAAACCUCAGCGUAUCUCUUUGUUUAAAAGCAGCUUCUUAUGGCGUUCGUCUUCCGGAUGGCAUUUUAACAUCAUAUGCUCCAUUUAAUGUCCAGUUCCGGCCUUCACCGUCACGUCUUCUUACCCUCUUGGAUCCCUUGUUACCAGUUGGUAUCCUAACCCAAUGUCUUGCGGCGUACACAGGCACUACUGCAAAGGGCAAUGAAGGUGUUUUGGAGAAAAAACAAUCCGGCGCCAAAAGUGUUUCUGAAAAAGCUGAUCACCUUUCACCCAAAGAUGACUGCUGUUUGGCGGAUGAUAGGCUGUUGCCAGAUGUAGUUAAGGACAGUCAUUCUGGUAGCGCACAAAUACCGCAUGCCUCGAGCGAGUUCGAUUUGGUUCAUUCACAAAUGAACAACUUGCGUCCAACUCGGUCACAAUCCGAUAGUGAUCUGCUUAACGGCAGUAACGUAAACACAGACGAGAACGAGCUUCAUGAUGUUAGUUCUUGUGGACUUCUAAUUGAUGAACAUCUCAUCACAAUGACUAAGAAUCCUUAUAUCUCGCCCUUGGUGGCAUCUAAUGAACAGUUGGCUAAGUUACCUCCCAUUGACUUACUCGUAAGUUAAAUAAUGUGUUAGCAUUGUUAUAGUGUAGUUACAUGGUUAAUCAGUCAUUAUUCAACCACUUGUGUCCGCCACUAAUUGCUGCAAUUUAGUUGCCAAACGUUUUUGGAUCAAACCAAAAUAAUACAAACCACAAUCAGUGAGAUACUUAGAUUUAAAGUUCAUUUUUACAAAUAAUUGUGCAAAUUAACAUGGGACACUCCUCCCCCAUUUCAAUGUUGUUGUAUACGCUUUGGAGAGUUAUCAACAAAUCAACUGAACACAAAACCACUUACAUAAAAUGUCAAUUUUAGUCUAACAACAUUGAAGGGGGUCAUGUUUCUGUCUCAGCCUAACCGGUCCACGAAUUUUCUCACUGAUUGUAGUUAGUUAGUUCGUCAUCUUUCACUAUAAGAUUUAACGAUAAUACUGUGAGCGGCCACUCUUCGGCCAUUCCCCACUACUUUUCUCCACCGAACUCAAACUCUAUUAUUACAUACACUAUGACACUAUGUUGAAAUUUGUUGUUUAGGCAUGUACCAUGGACCCUUUACUUGAUGACUCCAUUGAGUUCGCCAAACGACUUCGUGGUGUAGGAAACAAAGUUGAACUGUACAUUGUAGAUGAUCUGCCACAUGGCUUUCUCAGUUUUUACAUGGUCUGUCAAGAGGGUAGGGAGGCGAACGAGCUGUGUAUUGCUUGCAUCAAAAAAAUAUUACUGGGCAAACGAAAUGUCACCGAAUCGUCGACACCUCCAAUUUAUUAG